CGGGUACAAAUACAACUUCAAACAAACAGGACAUGAUCAAACCACAUGUAGGGCCAUUAUUGCAUCUAAGUUUACUGCCAAAUGCCCAUUCACAUCACCUUCAAUUCCAAAGCCUACAACUUCAACUUCUAUAACAAUCGACAACACUAAAAAAAUUCACCAAACAAAUUUGGGAUUUUGGAUAAAAUUGAAGCAGAAAUUGAUAAAAAUGACAAAGAUAAUGUCACUCAAUACACAACAAAAUCCACCAUUUUGUCCUCCUAAACCUCACCCACACUAUUUGCAUCCACAAUAUCUGUCUUAUGCUCACCACAAUUUAACUAAUUUUUCUUUAAUUAUAACCCCAAAAAUAUGAUUUACCAGAAAAAUCAAAAGAUCCCCCCAAAAAUCUAACUUUUCCCAGGUUAUUUGAAUAAUAAAGGACCAGUCUUUUGAUGCUGGUUUAUUGGGUUUUAUCUGUAGAUGGUAAUAGAAAUGAACCACUUUCCAACAACAACAAGUAGUGCAUCUUUUUUCCAAUUUUGCCCUAAUGGGCUCGUCAAAUUUACUGAAUUUAGACAUGGGCAGAAGCUAUUUAGUGGUUCUUAUGAGUUAAUGUUGCAAAGGAAGGAGUUACAUCGCCUCAAAUUUGUGGCUGCUUGUGAACUUCCAAGGCCUUUUACUCUCAAUUUUGAUUUGGAUUCUCAGGCUUUUCAACCUUAUGAUGUGACACAACUGCGUUGGAUUGGUCCUGUUCCUGGAGAUAUUGCUGAGGUGGAGGCAUACUGCAGGAUAUUUAGGGCUGCAGAAGCUUUACAUACUACGUUGAUGAACAUGCUGUGCGAUCCCGUCACUGGUGUCUGCACUGUAUCAUAUGAUUAUUCCUCAGAGGUUUUGGAAGACAAGAUAGUGACUGUUCUAGGAUGGAUGAUAUCUCUUUUGAACAAAGGAAGGCAAGUUGUUCUUUCCGGCAGGUCAUCGCUUAUGACAUCUUUUAGUGUUGAAGAGAUGAACACUAUGGAGAAUAAGCUUCCCCCGCUUGCAAUCUUUAGGAGUGAGAUCAAGAGGUGUUGUGAAAGUUUACAUGUUGCACUCGAAAAUUAUUUGGUGCCCGGAGAUGAUAAAAACCUUGAUGUAUGGAGAAAACUUCAACGCCUGAAAAACCUGUGUUAUGAUUUGGGCUUCCAACGUGGAGAAGAAUCUCCCGGUCAUAUGCUAUUUGCCAAUUGGGUUCCAGUCUCCAUGGCCAUUACUAAAGAGGAUACAAUAACUGCUGAUUCUGAUGUGGCUUUCUGGAGAGGUGGUCAGGUGACGGAAGAAGGUUUAAAGUGGUUAAUGGACAAAGGUUUCCGCACCAUUGUUGAUCUUAGAGCGGAAACUGUGAAAGAUAACUUCUAUCAAGCUGCAUUAAACGAUGCUGUUGGUGCUGGGAAGGUUGAGCUGUUUAAGUUACCUGUUGAGAUCGAAACAUCACCUUCAAUGGAGCAGGUUGAGAAAUUCGCUUCUUUGGUAUCUGAUCCGAGCAGGAGGCCAAUCUAUCUGCAUAGUAAAGAAGGUGUGUGGAGGACUUCGGCUGUUGUUUCAAGAUGGCGGCAGUAUGUGGCUUCGAAUGAGUCGCUGCUUGUUUCCAAUAGAAUCCCUGUUAAUGGAACUUUAGCACAAGGAACCAAUGGAUCUCCUACAAUUGAUGCACCUUCAAUUGUCGACGUAGAGAAACAUUUGAAUGAUGGGAAUGCGGUGCUAGAAAAUACGAGAGAUAACACGAGUAUUCCACAUACGCUGUUACAGAGUCAAAAUCCUGUUAUUGUCGAAAAUCGUGUUGAGCAAACCAAGGAGGUUUCUAAUCAUCGUGUCAAUGACAAUGAGUCUGUGGUAUUGACUGAAGUCAAUAAUAGUAUGUCAAGUACAAAAAUUGACCCUUUCAAGUUGCAGGUUCCUCCCAACAAUGUAUUGUCCAGAAAAGAAAUGUCCAAGUUUUUUAGAGACAGAAAGAUCUCUCCUUCCACUUUUGCCAUUUAUCGACAGAGGAGGUCACCUUCUCCCAAAGAAGCACGUACUAGUAGUGAAAAUUCUGAGCAAGAUAGGGUGGAUUCUGUGUCUAUGCUGACAAAGCUUGAAAACUCAAAUGGGUCAUCCGGGAGCAAAGAUCUAUCUUGGGGUGAUCAGAAAAAGGCUACAGGCAAUGGUACGACCGUUGCUAACUAUGACUACACUUCAAGUGACGGGAUUGCUAAUGGAGAUAGGCCUUCCAUAAUAAGAAAUGAUGUUUCAGCUAGUGUGAAAACGAAUAAUUUCGGCAAAAACACAUCUGAAGCUGUUGAGCUUAAUCAAAAGAAUAAUGGUCAUUUUUCUGUAGUUCCGGGAGAUAAGGGUGUGGAGGUAAUUGAGGGGAACAUGUGUGCUUCGGCAACUGGUGUUGUUAGGAUACAGUCUAGAAAGAAAGCUGAGAUGUUUCUUGUACGAACUGACGGUUUUUCUUGUGUAAGGGAAAAGGUGACAGAAUCCUCUCUUGCAUUUACUCAUCCAAGCACGCAGCAGCAGAUGCUUUUGUGGAAAUCUACACCUAAGACUGUUCUAUUACUUAAAAAGCUCGGGCCAGAACUUAUGGAACAAGCUAAAGAGGUUGCGUCAUUCUUAUAUUACCAAGAAAAGAUGAAUGUUCUUGUUGAGCCAGAUGUACAUGAUAUAUUUGCAAGAAUUCCCGGGUUUGGUUUUGUUCAAACAUUUUAUGGCCAAGAUACCAGUGAUCUUCAUGAAAAAGUUGAUUUUGUUGCAUGUCUGGGAGGAGAUGGGGUGAUUCUCCAUGCCUCAAAUCUAUUUAGAGAUGCUGUGCCUCCAGUGGUAUCAUUUAAUCUCGGAUCUCUUGGCUUCCUCACGUCACAUAAUUUUGACGACUACAAACAAGACCUUAGACAAGUUAUUCAUGGUAAUAAAACGACCGAUGGUGUUUAUAUAACUUUGAGGAUGCGCCUUAGAUGUGAGGUAUUUCGGAAUGGCAGGGCAAUGCCCGGAAAAGUGUUUGAUGUGCUAAACGAGAUUGUGAUUGAUCGCGGUUCAAAUCCAUAUCUGUCUAAAAUUGAGUGUUAUGAACAUGAUCGACUCAUUACCAAGGUCCAAGGUGAUGGGAUCAUAGUGGCAACUCCUACUGGAAGCACUGCGUAUUCAACAGCUGCAGGGGGUUCCAUGGUUCAUCCAAAUGUUCCCUGUAUGCUGUUUACCCCUAUUUGUCCUCACUCGCUUUCAUUUAGACCCGUGAUUCUCCCAGAUUCUGCUCGCCUAGAAUUGAAGGUACCUGAGGACGCAAGAAACAACGCUUGGGUAUCCUUUGACGGAAAGAGGAGGCAGCAACUCUCUCGUGGAGAUUCAGUGAGAAUAUCAAUGAGCGAACAUCCACUUCCGACAGUCAACAAGUCAGAUCAAACGGGUGAUUGGUUCCACAGUCUGAUUCGUUGCCUAAACUGGAACGAGAGGCUCGAUCAAAAGGCACUUUGAACAUAUUCUCCAAGGCUUUCCGUUGACAGGUUCCUGUAAAUCGCUGUAUAUAUCUUAAUUUUGAUAUAAUCUGCAUAUAUUAUAAUUAUAGCGCUGAAUAAUGCUAUUAUUUCCCAACGUUGGGGGCCAACGUAAAGUUACUGAUGGCCACAUCAUUUUUGUUUUCCGACUACAUAUUCGAAAAAUCACACUAUAUACGCUAUACAUUAUCCGCUCAUAUUUAAUGAAGUAAAGGUUUCGGUAAA